AUGGAUGACGACCCAGAUCCGGAGAUGCAGACCAGAACACCGGGCCACCCAAUCAGCAUAUCAAGGGGAUCCCCAUUUCAGGGAUCACCGUACCAUGGGCCCGAUUCAUUUCAGGAGAAGAUGGCCACCUAUGAUUGGUACUUUACUCCUUCGUACCAUAGCUCUCUAGCUCAACCUCCCUUGGAUGAGCCCCAGCUUCAGGCAGUUUCAUCCCCACCACUUCCUGUUGAGGAGCCACCUCAACCACCUCCCGAGCCUUCGAGGCAACGGAGGAAUGCACGCAUGUUAGUGCGAGGAGGACCUCAUUUUAGUUCUCCUCGGGGUUCAAGUUCUUACCCUCGUAUUCCAGAGGACCCCCAAAUGGUUGGGCCCUCGAAUGCGGCACCGGAGAUUGAUCCUCCGCCAGCUUCUUAUGCACCACCUCAGCCUCCUAUGGGUUUCGACAACCCUAUCCCGACUUACCCAGGUUCUUCUGGGUAUAAUUCUUUUGAAAACACAUCGGGAUAUCCAUCAGACUAUGGAAACCAGGAUCCCUACCUUACCGCUGCUCAAUACCAUCAUCUUUACCCUUCUUCUUACCCUCCAGUUUAUCCAACUGGAUACCCGGUACAGGAUUAUCAAUAA